CGAGAAUAGCCGCUAGAAUCCUUCAGUGUGAGCGUGUGAAGCCAGUCAUCAAAGAGGCAAAAGGCCAAUGGCAGCCUGGAACCUCGGCUUGUUGGGGGUUGCUUUUAUUCCGCGAACUAUUACGUUGUUCUUUUGCAAUUUUCUCGCCUGAUGUCCCAUGGAAAUGGUUGAGCACAUGAUGGGCCGUGGUUCGGCAACGCCAAGUCCCCAGUACUUGGGGGUAACCCCGGAUUCGCCGCGCGAUGUUCCGCCUUUUCCAAGGGCCUUCCAUGGGGCCUCAGGGCUGCCAGCGAUGCCAAAUCUCGCUCCCCCCUUGCUCCCCCGUCAGCGGCCUGCCUACUGCGGUAAACCUCCUGAAGGGCUGCUGGAGGUGCCAGCGGAGCGAGUCAAACCCGGAAUGGAGAGUACAGCGCAGGUACCCUGUACAUUGUCCUUGCCGGGCACGCCCCCCACAGCGCUUGUCAAACGGAUGAAUUUCGCCCAAGCCUUGGAUCAUGUGCCUGCAGCCGAAGCGCAGCUUGUUGGAUCAACGGACAAGCAGCACGUUCUCAACAAUUGGCGGCCCGCUUUGCCACCUUUUCCCCGUGGGAUUCCUUAUAUGUGUAUAUGUGUAUUAUAAUAUCGCGGUUUGCCCUUCCUCGCCCGCUUAAACCUCACGAUCCUCUCGAUCUGCGGCGCAUGUUUCAGCGGCCAUUGCGUGCAUUUCUGGUGACGGACCGCCGACGCAUCGCCCAAAAGUGUCCAUAAUUUCACAUGCCAGGGAAGCGCGCCGUCUGAAACCGACGUCACCACCGGGCAUCCCAACAAAGA